AUGGCAAAAGAUCCUACACUUUCUCUUAGAAGGCACAUAGCUACUCAUGGCUCUCCUGUGGUGUCCUCGAAGACGGUCAAAAUAGGAGCCGAAUCGUACCCCGCAAACGCCAAGAGCGCAUAUAAGAACGCCCGAAGCCAGUAUUAUUCAAUAUCCUCCAUAUGCUAUCUUUACAACACCAGAUCAUUAGACCACGGAGACUACAUUAUUUCCUGCAGAAGCGAGCAGAUAGAGCCGGUUUCAUACAUGGACAGGGAAAAAAUACUUGGCGACCUUACGCUGUCCUUUAAGCUCCCAGAGACAUUUUCCAUAAGGGCAUCGCGCGAGAGCCCUAUAGACGCCAAAGGAAUGUUUCAGAGAUACUACAAGCUAAAGAAGCUGCAGCCGGCAGGCUUGCAGUGCAUACUGCUCCCCAGAGAGGAAGAAAACAUCCGGUCUAUACUAUUCCCAAAUGCGAACGGAGACAUUGUUACACAAGGCGAGCACAGGUACAGGCUGGUGCAGGAGCCUUCCGAGAUAGAGUCCAUGGACAAGGUGGCAGCCGUGUUUCUAGAUGGGUCGAUGUGGCAGUUCAACGACUGGCCUUCGGGCCUGGUUGACCGAAUGAAGCACAUCCCUGUGUUUUUCUUGGCCAAUGAUGGCGAAGCCAUUUUGCCAUCUGCGAUUUCCGCACCGGUUACUAUCCUGGAGAUAGACGACACGCCUGAUUGUAACAAUAGAAUAGCAACCGCCUUUUGGUCUGUUAUGGGCGCACCUUCCUACUCGGAAGGUGCUCAGAGCGGUGGCUAUUCGCCAUAG